CUGUUCGCCUUCCUCCCGCCAGGUGCCAUCCAUGCGCCUGUGGGGCCCACCCGUGGCACCGACACCUGGGCCCGCUGCUCAGGAGCUUCCCCUUUCCCAUGCCCGGCUCCAGGUCCAGUCCCCCCAAGUGCCAACGCCGAGCACAAACCGAGCCUAGCCGUUGGCAUCUCCCUCCCCGAAGCCAUGGCCAUGGGGCGGCCCGUACGGCUUGUGCUGGAUGCCUCCCUCCUCCUCGAGCCCUCCGCCACCGGGGAGGCGGCGGCGGCGCUGCGGCCCGGGGUGGAGGCGCUUCUGCGGCGAUUGCGCUACUCCAAUCUGACAGUGGCAAUCUGCUAUGUGGAGAGCAUGUCGACUAAUGAGUCAGGCUUUCUUGAAAAGGUCGCAAGUUCACACUCCUUUGGAUAUAUGCCACUUCUUGCAAAAAGUGGGAAUUGUUCUCCAAACGAAUCAAUAUUGGAAUGGAGUCGAACAAGUUCUUGUUUUUAUGUCACUUCAAGAGCUGACAAAGGUUUAAUUUCUGAGCUUCAGAAUCACAACUGGAGAGUUGUUUCUGUAGGUAAAGAAUACAACAUAGAGGUUCCUGGGGUUUUAAAUGUUGGAAUGCUUCAGGAGUUGCUUCUCACUUUGGCUACUUUAAUAAAAAGGGAAAUAGGUGGCUCUUCUGUUCUGGUGAUUGGAUAUGUAAUGAAACAAUCCCGCGAGGAGGACUUUGCAAGGAGAGGAGCAUUUCCCAUAUAUCCUAGUAAGGAUGGUCUUAUCUUUGUUCCUCUCUCAUUCGAACUUCCUUUAAGUUCACAACUGCAAGAAGUUGAUAUGGUCCUCCACAAAAUAACUGAUGAGAUUGUCAAGAUUGAUCCAAACUGCUCCAUUGAUUUUCCAAAAGGCAUUUUAUUUUCUGCAGGAAUGUCUGAAAUUAUAAGGUUUGUGGAAGAGCGCCCUGAUUUUUGCAUCAUCGAUCCAUUUAAAAAUAUUUACCCGUUGCUUGAUCGUCUUCAAAUCCAAAAUAUCCUAGUCCGAUUAAAAGAACUUGGCACUGAAGGAAAGCCAAAACUUCGAGCACCAUAUUCUUUGAAGGUUGAUAACUUUCAUGAUGGUGAAUUAGAUAAGCAUCUAACAGAAGCUAAUUUGUCCUUCCCACUCAUUGUGAAACCACAAGUAGCUUGCGGAGUUGCUGAUGCCCACAAUAUGGCAUUAGUUUUUCAAAUUGAAGAACUUAGCAACCUUGGUGUGCCUCUUCCUGCGGUGCUACAGGAAUAUGUUGAUCAUGGAUCCAAGAUUUUUAAAUUUUAUGUAAUUGGAGACAAAGUUUUCCACGCGGUUAGGAAUUCAAUGCCUAAUGCAAGCUUUCUGAAGUCAUCAUCAGGAGGAGAACCUCUUACAUUUAAUAGUUUGAAGACUCUUCCGGUGGCUACUAAGGAGCAGCAACUGCAAACGAGGGUGCAAGACAGCAAAUCAGUGGAUGCUGAUUUAGUAGAAGAGGCUGCAAAAUUUCUGAAGGGAUUGCUUGGACUAACGAUUUUUGGAUUCGAUGUCGUUGUUCAGGAGGGCACUGGAGACCAUGUCAUAGUGGACCUAAACUAUCUCCCAUCCUUCAAAGAAGUUCCUGAUUCUGAGGCGGUGCCUGCAUUCUGGGAUGGAAUCAGGCAGACAUACGAGUUGAAGAGAGCGAAGAUCGUGUGGAGCUCCAAGGAUGGUUUCAGCAUUGCCGGCACGAUUUGGUCCUUUUGUGAUUAACGAUCUGCGCCCCUGAAGAUGGAUCGCGUGAAGAGAUUCACUGGCAUGGCAAAGGGCGUGUCUGCGGUCCCAGUUCGGAGAGAUGAAGAUGAGAGCUUGGUUCUGUUUGGGGAGCUGUACAGGCAUGAGAAAGAGAGGGAUGUGAACCUCCUUGAACCAAUGUUCUCAGUGGAGUUUGAAGCUGUUCAAGGAGAUGGUCGCAUGUUUAAGCUUCCUUCAGGAAAGAGGGAUUACCUCCUGCCAGAUGGUGAAAAGCAUGACUACGAUUGGCUCAAGACUCCUCCAGCUACACCACUAUUUCCAUCCCUUGAGAUGGAGGCCAACUCCUCCCAGAUGAUUUUUCAGAAGGAGCUGCCUAUCCUUCAGCCAGUCAGAACUUCAAGGUUCUCAAGCAAGCCUGAUGCUACAAGUGCAUCAACAUCGUCUGGAUCGCCUACCUCCAGCUCCACCAAGUCUGUAACUCCAACAGCAAGGCCCAGCUCUUCAUCAUCAAAGAAAAACCUCAACAGAGGAGCUGCUGCACCAUCUAAAGAGCAGGAUUCAGCUUACAGAAUAGAUAAGAGGUCCAGCUAUACACCUCUGACGAAUAGGCAGCACAAUUCAAUUCCUGCAGCUCCAAGUACUACUACUGCUACUACAGCCACCAAAGCAUCCAAGAAAACUUCAGGCGGCAAAUCUCAACCAUCAAAAGCAGCCAAGAAUGAUGCCAGACCGGACAAAGCAUCGAAGAACGUUACAGCAAUCACAACAAAACCUCGGUCGAAUGAUUCUUCAGUUGGUGCAAAGGAUAAGAAGGUUAAUGCUGGCACCGCCAGGAGACUAUCAGGCCCAUCCGCUGCAAACCCGGACAAUGUGCAGGCUACAGCAGCACUGAAAGGGAGGAGCAGAGCUGCCACCGGCUCUGUGCCUGCUACCCGUAAGGAUGGCGGUGCCACUGAUGCGGUACUGAAGGGAAGGGGGAGAGCAGGAGAGAAGGAGCAGAGGCCAAAGCUUGGAAGCCUUGCAAAGAAGUGAGGACAGUGGUUUCAGAAGUGAGGACAGUGGUUUCAGCUGAUAAGAGUAGAAUGGUUAUUCUUGUUUCAGGAUGGGAUGCAGAGAGGGUAACAUCCAUUCCACCCAAUAUAUGCAAAUACACUUGUUGGAAUGAACUUGAAGUUAUUUACAUUAUUUCGUUAUUUAUGAAAUACAUGUAACUCAAAAGUUCUUCACUGUUCAUGUUCUUGUGAUUGUGAUAUACAGUGUUCACCAUUGGUUAAA